AUACAGAAGUCGAGGAUGGUUGAGGUAACAAGAACUUUUAGCUUUAAAGAGCAAAUAUUUCCUCAUAUACUACGGGAAAGGGCUCAUAGUCAUGACAAGGAUGAUGGAAAACCUGCAGAUGCUGGUUAUGAUCAGCUCAAGGAUGAAAUGCAAGCUCACAUUGUUGGCCAGGAAAAAGAUGGGACUGUCUUAGUUUCCUGGAAUAACAAGAGCCCUAAUGGAAGUCAUAAAGUGUCCUAUGUUGCAGCGUAUGAACCAUCAACAUCUCAUUUCAAGAUCCUGUUUAUCCAUACAAUCAUUGAGUCAUUUAUUAGCCAGUUAGAUGAGCCACCAGGAACACAACAUCCAGGUGUCUACAAGUCAUUUCUCGCUGAGAUUCAUCCUCAAAAUAGGAUAUUUUCACUGUAUAUUGAAAGGCAAACAUAUCAAAGAGUACAGUUCCUGUAUGGUGUUUAUCAUUGUUAUGGAAAUUCAUCUAAAAAAGAAGCGCAUAUGCUGUUCUUUCACCAUAAGAAAGCUGUUGGUUUGUAUCACAUCCCYAUGGCAAGAAUAGAUAAAGGAAUGAUYCUUAGCAGUCAACCAAGGACAGAGCAAGUUGGGGGSCCAUUUGUUUGGGCACAGUGGGACCCAAUAAAUGAGCGUUUGUAUUAUGUAUACAAACGAUUUAAGGAUACCAAUAUAGAGGAAGGGGAUUAUGAUCUGAUGUUCUCAGCUUAUCAGUUCAAUGAAAAGAUUKCACAUUUCUGUGUUCUCAAUAUGCCAUUACCAUUUGAUAUGCAAAGCUGUCGCUGUGAAAUAGAAUUAAGCUGUCCACAGUAUAAAAACUUCCCAUUAACACAGACUAUAUCAGAGAGACAAUUCAAUAUGCAAGUUGUCACCAUGCGAAGAGGUUCCUUAUUUAUCUGCUUACAACAUGGCAGCCAACCUGAACAGGAGUCUACACAAGUUUCACCAGAGAGGAGCUCACCAAUGGCAAGAGURUCAUCUGUCAACUCUCAAGUAAAAGCAAUUGAAUACUCCAUUUAUCUUUUACAUCAUGACUGUGUUCUUCACUGUAUCCUGAACUGUGUUCCCCAACACUUAGCUGAUAGCUGUACCUUGUUCUUCUCAAGUCUUUAUAAUCAUCUAUUGGUGUUAUUGCCUGGUUAUGUCAUGCAUCUGUUGGAUGCGAGUGCUGAACAUGAACCCUGCCACCAUAUCAUUCUUCAGGAUGACUAUAUUCCCAAAUUUUCCCUUGAAAAUAUGRAUGGAGAAUUACCCUUUUUGUUGCAUUUCAACAAACAACAAGUAACAUCCUUAAAACCAGUUCCUAACAUAUUGGACUACAGCAGUGGAGAUGGAUAUGAACUCAGGUUUAGUAAGGAAAGACUGGUGGAAAUCUUCUCUACGACACACCUUCCCAUUACAAGACUGUCACUUCUCCACCUUGCAUUUGCUCAUAUGAAAGAUCCUUCAUUGCUCAAAAAGAUGAUCCAACAUCUUUGUUAUGAUCCAUGCAGUCCUGAAUGUUCCGAUUUGUUGAAAGAAUAUCUUGUAGGCUCAACCCAUACUUUAAUAAAGAGAGCGUUAGACCGAGAACGUGAUAAAGAUGUCUUGAGGCUGAUCCCUUUCACUUGUGUUGACACUUUCAGAGGACAUCUUGAGGAGAGUUUGGAUAAAAGACGUAUUGCCCGGCUUACUUGUACGAUAUGCAGAGAUACGCCAGCAGAGUUUAAGAAUGACAAAAAGAAACCACUUGGUGUGUUCUGGUCAAUGGUUAAAGAGAAUAAACUAUACUCUAAACGUCCUAAUGAACGAUUCUCAUUUAAAAGUGUUCCGAUGGUAAAUGAUAGUGGAAGUGAUGACGAAGUUGAGCCGGCUGUGCAUCAGGCUGAAACCGAGCAAGUGUCAAAGAGAACUUCUGUAAAAUCUCUUUUAAAGAGAUUCUCAAUGAAAAAGUAUCCAAGUAGUGAGUCCCUAGCUUCACAAAGCAGCACAAAAAGUGGUGACUUUCUUGAGUCUUGUGAAGAUGAUCGCAAACCAUCUGAACAUAAAAAACAACAAAUGGUCAGGGAUACGUUUGCAUGUCACCUACAAAUCCAUCUUCCGUCCGAAGCGAAAGAUAAAGUUCGCAAUAUUGCCGCGGAGUACAUCAAGUAUCAAAGUGCACAAUCUGAGGCUCUUUUAAGACUCUUUUGGUCAGGAUUAGGGUAUACUACAGAAUCAAACCCAUGCAUAGCACACUUGAAUGUACAAGGAACUACACAAGAAAUAGCUCUUUUACAAGUAGUAGAGAGAUACUUUACCACUGUAACAGAUUUAAAGUUUCCWAUUCCCCCAGGUUUUCAGACGUUUUUCACCACCUUGGCUUUUCACUGUUUGGAUCCCAGGUUGUUCCUGCAGUAUCUGGACAACCAUGUUCUUCAGUUGACUGGGCAGUUUAUUUCUCGACUUGUUCAAGAUUGCAGAGGGGAAUAUGACAAUGAAGAGUUUGUUUUUCAAAUUCUGUCUCGUCUGAAACACGAAAAGGCAAAACACGCCAUGCAGCGGUGGGGACAUCCUCUCAGUAAAAGAUAUCGUGCUCAAAAACUCACUGAUGAGUUGACGCAAGAUGCCGGGGAUUCGUUUGAUAAUUUUUUUGAAGGAUCUUCGCGACCGCCAGGUUCAGAAUCUUCACUCGAUAGUUGCGAUGAUAAUAGUUUUCGUCCAUUGGCUACGUUAAUAUCAACACUAAAAGAAAAAGCUGCAAUGUUGACGGCUGAAAGGAGGAUAACACAAGGCAACGUAUUUGACAUGAAGAAUAUCUGUGAUGUAGCACUUUUAGAAACKAGGCGUGAGGUAGAUGGUAAAUUAGGAUCUCUAGAAGACUUACGAAGAAUCUCUCAAGCUUCUCGUGAAGCGAGCUUGGAUAAAGARUUGUUGAUAUUUGAAGAAAGUCUUGAGAUAAUUCUUGCUGAUAAAAGCACCUUUCUGCGUGACUUGUACCGGAGACUAAAGCAAGCAAGGAGUACAUACAAAUCAUGGAAUCGAAGGACAGCAGGAGGUAGUAGAGCCAUUGACUUUGUAUCAGUUCAGCAGAUCGAAGAUCUUGUCCAAUGGGAACAAACAAGUUAUGUUAAGCGAAAAGUCAAAAAAGAUGUCGAGCCUCUACACAACCAACCCACCGAUAUGCUGAUGCGUUUUUUACAAGCUUUUAAAGAAUCCCAAGAUCUACUCACAAACUUCAAAGCCAAGAUAUCUCAACCCCUUUUUGAAUUCUUCAACGACGAUCCGAAAUCGCCGCUUGCGAAAGGUUUAUCUAGCGUUCUGUGGCGAUGGGAAAGUCUUCUUUGUCCAGGCCCCAUUAACCAUCGGUUGUUCAGCCCUAAGAGUGCAGACGCKUUAUACAAUAUGGGCGUCAAAUUGAGUACGAGUGAUUCUAAGUUCAAUCUUAUCCUUAGAUUGAUCCCAGACCUUGCUCUGAAAGCGUUCGAGGCWUUGUGUAUAGCAAAGCAGUGGCGCUCUAAGCUAGGGCCGUGGGGAUACAUUAGGGAACUCAGGUAUAUACAGAGCAAGUGGAUUCCUGAAAAACGCGCGUCGUUUGAUCUCGAUGCAGCCAUAGAGCACCGAAGGAAGUUUGAAAUAGCUUCUUGUCGUGAUCAGCUACAGAGCCUACAAACCAAGCUUCGAGACACCGAACACAAGCUGGUCGGCUCGUCUAUCGAGAUGAAUGAGACUGCAAAAACAGCCGGCAUGUURAAUAAUAUGUACCAAGACGCUMAUCGGCGAAUCAACAAUAUGAGAAGAGAUUUCAAGACAGCUACUGCGCAACGCUGUAGACUCGCUACAGAACUCAGCAAACAAAAAGAUUUCAUCUCCAUGCUACAAGAAGAAAUGAAUCGUGAACAGAAAGAAGUUCAAAACAUWAGAGCGCAACUUAUUCAAGCUGAAGUGAAUGCUAARCACYUGGAUCAACGAGAAAUGACCAAACUACUCGAAGAUGACCUCGAGGAUUCCGUCCAUCGRUGUACWCAUCUCAGAAAAGAGAUCACGAAGGCUGAAGAUGAAUACAACGAUCGAAUGGCCGUCUACCACUCGAAUAAUGAGCGAUUGAACUCGGUUCGAUCUCGUAUCGAUACUGCCAAGUCAGAGMGAUUUUCAUUAAACACACGAUUGUUGAAAUCRCGAGAACAGCAUCAACGGCAUGAAAAAUCCUUCGUUAGUGAAGCUGAUAAUUUCCAUUUAAUAAGAGAAGAGCUAAGRAAAAAYAAACUCACUAAACAAGUGCUGUUGCGUCAAAUGCUGCAACCGAGACAACCUGAACGACCGAAUAUCAAGCCAUUGAUAUUUUAGUGAUUUCUUUUUUGCGUSGAUUGARCUAUUCCAUUUAAUAAACAUACUUUCUUUUUAUGGCCUUAAAAAUCUUCAGGGGCAAUCUCAAUUGUAGUCUUCAGGGGCAACCUCAAUCGUCAUCUUCAGGRGCAACCUCAAUCCUUCAGUUGUAGACCGAAAGGAGUAAGGAAAGACAUCUGAACGAUGCAAAUAACGGUUGUAAGAGGAGUUUAUAUCCCAAAAAUAGAAUCACACGACACUGGAAUAACGAUGUAUAAUAAUUUAUUUGAACAAUUACCAUAUUUAUAACAGUAGGAACAGCCAGGACAAUAAUGACCUGUAUUUACGAGGAUGCUCUGUGAAGACUGGUUAAUUGACACAGAGGCGUAACGGCAUAUCGACCCAUAUAACCACGUGAGGAAACGAUCAAACAUAUCGUGAUGACUUCAAAAUGCGUUAAUAAAUAUAUGGUUGAUACAGGGAGGAUUGGUCAUCAUCGAGGGGGUCAUUUCUAAAGAAUUCUCACUAUGGUGCCACAUAACUAUAUAGAAUUAUAAUGUUUUAAACUCAUUAGGAUCACGAAGAAACUGCUUUCCCGUUGAUGUUGCWGCGUCGCUAGAGACCMGCUCAAAGGGGCUGAAACAAGAAAGAACAGUAAACUCAGACUGCAAUGGAACUUGGGAAAUAUCGUUUUCUAUUCCCAUGCGUUUUUGUGCCGUUUUUGCAUUUUAUUCCAUAGUAUCAAAUACGGUACGAAAACGUUUUUUUGUGUUCUAUGGUAUAGUACAAAAAAUCCCAUUCUUUGUUCGAGUCUUGUUAGUAAGUUCCAGGCAAAAGUGUUUGGUGUAGGACUAUAGUGUGGAGUUGUUAUAAUUGAUGUUUAUAAAUAUAAAGUAGUUCUGUAUUCAGAACCUUCUUUGCAUAUAUUAAACAGGCUACAGUWGCUUAGCUCGAUCUAAUGUCUUUUUGGUGUCAGAGAUGUUUUUAGAAACCUCUGACUUCCUGGUAUUAUAUUAUAGAUGGUGAUAACUGACUAAAAUGUUGAGUGAAUAGACCUUUGAUGUUGUUUUCGAGAUCAAUUGACUGUUGUGACGCGAUCUUUCAUGUUACCUAAACUGUGCACUAAAUCUAAUGAGAGCAAUCUUAGUCUUAUGGGUGAAGUCUUAAACACGUGAAAUAGAAUGAUUARAUAUCCUAAUAUUUCAUUUUCCAUCUACAUGGUUCGCAUAUAAAGUAGAACCUUGAAAUUAACAUUCAUUUCACGGGUUUUGUACCUCUCUUCGUAGACUAUGGUAGAUGCUAAAACUUAGAAAUAUAGAUAUUAAAAAAACACACUUCUAUCCAUUUAGUUUUCCAUGUAGUUCUGCCUUGGCCGAAUAAACUUCAAAUCCGCCAUUUGAGUGAAGAACUUCAYUCGACUCCCAACAUAGUAUAAGCGAUACUCGUGAUGUUAUAUGAGUGGACUGUCAUACAUUUUCUUGUUAUAGUUUUGCACUGUAUUAUUGUUGGCUAUUGUUCGUUCACUGAUCGGUUAUCUGAAUAAAAUACAAAUAUGUUUUAAUAACUUUGAUUGAACUAGAUAUGGGUUUGUGCAUGAAAUGGAUAGCUGUUAGCAGGUAAGUUGGUGGGUAUGUUAGUUACUAGUUCAUCGACUCAUUGUGCAUGUGAUAACUUGGUUGGUUUUCUGUGGUUUGUUUGUGAGGCAAUUUGGAUGGGUUCAUGUUGGUGGCUAGCAGUGCCGGGAUUUGAUAAUUGGUUAUCUUGAUAGGUUUAUUAGUGCAAUAAAUAGAAUUGUUUUCUAAUUA